AUGACGCGCGCGAAUAACAGCGACGCGAGGGAUUAUCUACCGAGCACCGAGCGCGAGACGAGUGGGACGUUCGCGACGACGACGGAGCCGCCGCCGACGCGACUGGAGCGCGCGUUCGCGGGCGUGGAUCCAUUGGCGACCGCGCUCGGGUCGUUGGCGGUGUGGUUGGCGGUGAGCGGACGCAACGUGAAGCGGCGAGCGAAGAGGUGGGAGCUCCGCGCGCGGCGAGCGGAGGCGGAGAAUCAGGAUCUCGAAUGGAGACUUCGCGUGGCCACGUCGGUGGCGAGCGGGUCGGGUCCUCCAGAACCACCGCGCGCCCCGAAACCGCCGCCGUCGACACCAUCGCCGAGUCAGGCGCCAUCGACACCGUCCACCGUGGACACACGAGAUGUCAUCAUCGAAGGUUUACGCAUGGAGACGGAGGCGCUAAAGGCGGCGCUCGCACAGGCGCGCGCCGAGGCCCAGCGCGUCUCUCGAGACGACGUCCCGUGA